AUGAUCACCAUACAGAAGCGGCCAGCUCCGAUUGGAGAAGAGUCUGCAUCAUCAUCAGCAUUCUCGCAAAAGAAGUUCUACAAGAAAACCGCUCGUGGAAAAGUGCAGAAAAUCGUUCGUGAACGUUAUUUACGCGAUGAUGUUCAUUGUGGAAGAGCAAAUUGUACUUUAUGUCCAACAGAUUCUGGACCAGAGAGUGCUUCAAGGAGGAGCAAUCAAAGUACAGAAGAAGGUUCAGGUCUUCAAUAUGAGGGCACCCAUUCAAAAGGACCAUCUACGCCUGGCAAACAUGUUUUGAUUCUCGAUACCAAUGUGAUCUUGCAUCAGAUGGAUUUGUUGGAAGCGACUGUUAAUGGAAGUCCUGCUUUGACAAAUGUUGUCGUGCUACAAACGGUAUUGGAUGAAGCACGCCACCGCAGCUUACCAUUAUUGAACCGUUUACAAGCGCUCAUUCGCGAACCCGAUCGUCAUUGGUGGAUCUAUUGGAACGACUUCAGUGAAUCGACUGCCACAAUCAGGCAAGAUGCAGAGACACCGAACGACAGAAACGACCGCUCGAUUCGUACAGCUGUGAAGUGGUACAAUGAUCACUUUGCAGCUUCGACUUCAAAAAGGAAAGCUGCUGAACUCAAAGCUGUUAUGCUAAGUGACGAUGUUGCAAACGUGGCCAAAGCAAAAGAGUUGGGUCUACAUGCACUAUCAGUUCGUGAAUACGUUUCAAUGCUACCGUCUGCCACGCAGUUACUCGAUCUAUUAGCAUCAAGAUCGAUUGUGAGCAGUGCGGAAAAUUCUGGAGAUGACGGCCAAGCAGGAGCAACAUCAGCAAUCUUCCCUUCUCAUCUAGAUGCAUCUGCUUUGACGGCAGGUUUGGCAUCUGGAAAGUUUCAUUCUGGAUUUUUCAAUGCCAAUCCCUUCAAUUAUCUCGAAGCAACAGUCCGCGCUGCAAGUGUGGACCGACCUGUUUUGCUUGUUGGACGUGAAUCAAUGAAUCGAGCGAUCGAUGGAGAUAUUGUCGCUAUUGAACUAUUACCAAAAGAUCAAUGGAAGCGGGAAGCAGACGAGGUGCUUGAUGCUGACGAAGCAUUGCAAGAAGAUGAUGCGGGUGAAGACGAUGAAGAGGAAGAGGACAUCGCACGUCGAACAAUUCAAGAAGAGAAAGCUGCCCUGCGUGAAAGAAAAGCAGUCAAAGAUGCAAGCAAGCAAGAAGUUCAACCAACCGGUCGUGUUGUUGGAAUCGUGAAGCGAAAUUGGCGCUCAUACGUUGCCCAUGUCGACUCGAAUUCCAUCUCUUCUUCUGCUCUCUCUUCGCUUUCUGCUGUUUCUGUCUUUGUCAUUCCACUUGACCGCAAAAUCCCCCGAAUCCGAAUGCGAACUCGACAAGCUGCUUCUCUGUUGGGUCAAAAAAUUCUCGUUUCACUGGACGAUUGGCGAGUCACAUCAAAGUAUCCCGAAGGACACUUUGUUAGAGCUUUGGGUACGAUCGAAUCAAAAGAGGCUGAACAGGAAAGUUUGUUGUUGGAGCAUGAUAUUCCUUACAGACCAUUCAGCCAAGCUAUUUUGAAUUGUUUGCCACCAGAAGGAGAUUCUUGGGUAGUGCCACCCAAAGACGAAACCUCUCCUGCUUGGCGUGAUCGACGUGAUAUGCGAUCCGAACAAAUCUGCAGUAUCGAUCCACCUGGCUGUCAAGACAUUGAUGAUGCUUUGCAUGCUAAGCGACUGCCGAACGGUAAUAUUCAAGCUGGUGUCCAUAUUGCCGAUGUCUCUUACUUUGUCAAACCAGAUACACCGAUGGACAAAGAAGCGGCUUCAAGAGGUACGACCGUUUAUCUUGUCGAUAAGAGAAUUGACAUGUUACCGCACCUCUUAGGUACAAACCUUUGCUCUUUGCGUCCACAUGUAGAAAGAUUGGCCUUUUCCGUAAUAUGGGAAUUGACGCCAGAAGGUGAUACAGUGAAUGUUGAAUUCUUCAAAAGCGUAAUUGCGAGCAAAGAGGCUUUCACCUAUGAAGAAGCUCAAAAGCGGAAGGACAACCCCAAAUUGAAGGAUGCAAUUACGGAGAGCAUCCGACUAUUGAAUCACUUAGCAAUCAAGUUGAAAGCUAAGCGAAUGGCAGCUGGAGCGUUGAAUUUGGCAAGUCCUGAAGUUCGAAUUUAUCUCGAUAGUACAGAAAGCUCAGCACCGAUUGAUGUUGAACAAAAAGAGAUGAGAGAGACGAAUAGCUUGGUUGAGGAAUUCAUGUUGUUGGCAAACAUUGCAGUUGCAAGACACAUUCAACAGUCUUUUCCUCAAACGGCCGUCUUGCGUAGACAUAUGCCUCCGCCCGCAACUAAUUUCGAUACCCUUCGAGCCAUUUUACAAACAAGAAAAGGUUUGGAUCUAGACACUUCUUCUUCCGGUGCUCUGGCUGCUUCUUUGGACAAGUGCAUCGAUCGUUCUGAGCCUGCCUUCAAUACUCUCGUUCGUAUUAUGGCAACUCGUUGUAUGUUGAGCGCAGAAUACUUUAGCGCUGGAAGUGUGGCUGCUGAUACAUUUGGACAUUAUGGUCUAGCAUGUGACAUUUAUACUCACUUUACCAGUCCCAUCAGAAGAAUGGCAGACGUUCUUACACAUCGUCAAUUGGCAGCAAGUAUUGAUUAUGAACCGUUGGCACACAGUCUUCACAGUAAAUCCCACGUGGAAUCCAUGUUGAAUAUUGUCAACAAACGUCAUCGUGCUGCUCAAAUGGCAGGUAGAGCAAGUGUGGAAUAUUGGGUUGGUCAAUCUAUCAAGCGAAAGAAUGAGACUGCAAAGCAUAGCUUGAUCGAAGAAGCUUUCGUCAUUCGUGCUUUCCGCAAUGGUUUGGCAGUCUUUGUUCACAAGUAUGGUCUGGAAGGCGUGAUCACGUUCAAACAAGAUUGUGAAUUUGAUGCAGAGAAAUUCCAAGUGACUAUUCCAGCAUCUGUGUCGGGAUUGAAGAAAGAUCUCACCUUGGGUAUCUUUGAUCGAUGCAAAGUGGAAAUUGGAGUGGAGAAAGACAAGAACACACAAAGAAGCAAAACGAAAAUGAGUUUAGUCUGA